GGAAACGUGUCUCCUGUUGCUUUCCUAUGUUCUUUUUCCUUUUUUUCCUCCCUUCAUUUUAUUGCGAGAACAACGCUUUAGAGACUCAAGAAUAAAUUCCCAUUUUUAAGCUGCAAUCUUUCAGCAAGUUUUCAAAGGUGAUCUUUAGUAGCCAUGGCCCGUACCAAGCAGACUGCCCGUAAAUCCACUGGAGGCAAAGCCCCACGUAAGCAGCUGGCCACAAAGGCAGCUCGCAAGAGCGCACCUUCUACUGGUGGUGUGAAGAAGCCCCAUCGCUACAGGCCUGGCACUGUGGCUCUGCGUGAGAUCCGUCGUUAUCAGAAGUCCACUGAGCUGCUGAUCCGUAAGCUGCCCUUCCAGCGCCUGGUCAGAGAAAUCGCCCAGGACUUCAAGACCGAUCUGCGUUUCCAGAGUGCAGCCAUCGGAGCCCUGCAGGAGGCUAGCGAGGCCUACCUUGUGGGUCUGUUUGAGGACACCAACCUGUGCGCCAUUCACGCCAAGCGUGUCACCAUCAUGCCCAAAGACAUCCAGCUGGCACGUCGUAUCCGUGGAGAGCGCGCUUAAAAUGUUUCCUGAUUUGUUAUAUGCUGUCUUCUUGUCCCUUUCCUUCCUCUAUACUUAGUUAGUAGUUUGGUUUGAGGUUCUAUAUAUAUCAUAUGAUUGUGAUAACCGUAAAAUGUGUGAUCAUGUCUUCUUUGGUGCUACUAGUAGCAGAGUUUCCUUAGAGAUAUCUUCAUGUAUGUUUGAAACUUUGAAUCACAGUUCCACUUUUCACUUAUAAAUAGGUAGCUCAAAGGAAUGCCUUGUUAUCUCUAUAGUAAGGUGUUUUUGCAAGCCAAGAAUAGUGUGUGAUCUGAACUGAGCAUAGGAAAUAGCAUUAAGGUUGAGACAUUUUCAUCUUCAGACGGACAUACACAUUGAUAUAAUGGGUCUUCAGUUUUUUUAUUUUCUUUUUGGAAUAGAAAUUUGUUGUAUAAGUAGUGAUUUUUUUUUUCUUCUUUUUUUUUACAAUAGGCUAAUGGUGUAUUUCUACUGUUACUGCUAAAUGUAUCAAAAUACAAAAUUUUGAUUUUGGUUGUUGAUUAGAAACAUUAAUGUGCUAAAAUGGCACUGCAUUUUUGGCAGAUUACAAGCGGCAUAUAUGUAGCAAACCUAUGUUGAUCAUAUUUUGAUUUUCAUCCACAUUAUUAUGUCCAGGUAAUGUUUUGACUUUUUGUUCCUCUCUCAGGUUGGUAUAAUAACCUUUUUUUUCUACUGUGUUUUUGAUUUAUGUUUUCAGUCAUUUUUAAAAACAAAAUAUUUGUACUCUGGAAUUCACAUACAAACAUAAUAAACAGAUACUUGUGGUUAAAUAA